GUGGCAAUCAGCACCAAAGUGGCUCACACACACUCACACCAAACAUAUGCUCUCACAUUGACACACACACACUCAUAUACACACACUGGCAGGAAUCAAUCUGUCAGUCAAUACCUCAGGAUGUGUAUGAGCUGUCUACAUGAACACACGUUUCAGAUGAUAAAACUGGAAGCCUUCAGUUCAAAGAAAUCGGCAUUUUAACAACAGAGUCUAAUUUGGCACAUUAUUGUUUUCAUCUCUGUUUAAAAACUGAAGUCUGUUGUUGUUCGCCUUGAAAACUCAAAGACAACAGCUUCCAUACUUCCCGUCGACCCAGCAAUGUCUUCAUCUCUUCCGCUACCCUCUUUGCCCCCAAGCCCCCUGGCCAUGGAGUAUCUCAAUGACUUCGACCUUCUCAAGUUUGAAGUGAAGCCUGACACACCUCCGCCUCCUCCAACCUGCCUAUACCCCAAACCAGGCAUCCAUCAAGAGUCGACCGGUUCUCCGUAUGCUCCUCGCCCUCCUCCUGACUCCAGCCUCAGCUCCAGUCCCUACACCUCCCUUCCUCCAUCACCCACGCUCAGUGACGGACACCCACCACCAUCUGCAUCCUCCUCUUCAUCCUCUCUCUCUUUUCCGUUGUCCAUCUCCACCGGGUACAUGUCAGGCCAGAGCUCCGGUUCUCAAGGAAACCUGGAUGAAAGCCCAGCCACUGGAGGCCCCACGGCGUGUUCAAACCCGACCUCCUUGGAGGAUCUGCUCUGGUUGGCUGCAUUGCAGCAGCAGUUCGGUGGGGAGCCCGGCGGUGCUGCGUCUCUGCUGGGAGCUCUUGGAGGAGUGCCGGAUCGAGGGGACCGGGAUCGAGGAGGGUUCCUGGGAUGUGAGGAUGCAGUGGAGGCUCUUCUAAACUCUGCUGCGGCCGCCGUGACUUCACAGUUCCCAGUUUUGUCUCAGAGUUCGAGCAGCAGUCACAUGGGGGACUCUAGCAGUGACAGCGGUGCUGAUGUUGUUCUUAACAAGCCGUCAGACAUGUGUCAUCGCCCGAUACUAGUCGUUUCUUCCAACCCUCAAUCUCUCUCCAAUGUCAACACAUCGACCAGUCCCUUCUCACAACCCCUCAGUCCACAGAGCCGCCUCCAUCACCCACACCAUCCAAUGCAAGGCCAUUAUCAUCAUCAUCUUCAUCAUCAUCAUCUGCAAGUCACCCAGUGUGGGGUGGAUGAGCGUUUUUCCGAUGAGCAGUUGGUAAAUCUGUCGGUGCGAGAGCUGAACAGACAUUUGCGUGGGGUAAGCAAAGAUGAAGUGGUCCGUUUGAAACAGAAAAGACGGACGCUGAAGAAUCGCGGUUACGCCCAGUCCUGCCGUUACAAACGACUCCAGCACCGGCACGCGCUUGAGUCCGAGAAACACAUUCUCACACAGCAGCUGGAGCAGCUGCAGUGUGAGCUGUCUCGUGUGUUGAGAGAGCGAGACACAUACAAAGCCCGUUACGAGAAGCUCGUCAGUUCAAACGAGACUCAGCCUUCUCAUCCCAACACCUCGCCUUCUCCUACUCCUCCGGAUUACUUUUUGUGACAAAAUGAACAUUGUACAGAAGAGAAUUGAAGGAGAGCUGAUUAUUGUGAUGGGUGAACGUAAUUCAGAAGAGCUGUGGCUACAACUCAACUUAAAAUAAGCUAUUUACCAAAGCGGGUUGAUUGUGAGGUGGACCUGGAUUGUGAAAUAAUGGCUCUGUGUUGUGCUACUGCUGAUGGGAUUGGGUUUUUACCCAUUGUGAGCUUGUAUAGCACCAACAUGGUUUCAUUAGCAUUCAUACGUUUCCAUACCUAAAGGGCUUCUAACACAUUUAUGUACAUUUAGAUAGACACUGAAAUGUACAGAAUCAAAUUAAUAAAAUACAAAAAGCAUUUUACAUAUGUAUAAUGAAUUCUUUGAAGAUCAUAGAAUAUUGAAUUAAAGGAAUGAGUAGGGUUGUUUUUAUAAUAAAUAAGAUUUAUUAAAUAUGUUGGCUAUUUAUUUAUUUAACGUGUUUACAGUUUUUUUGUGAUCAACUUGUUUUUGAUUCAACAAAACUACAUUAAUUCAAACAAACAGAACAAGGAGCAACAUACAUAUCAAUACUUGUACAAUCUGAAAUAAAACAAAGCUGUGUACAGUUCUUGAAAUUAUAAUGUUUUCAUUCUGUUCUCUAUGAAUCAAUAAAUAUGUAGCAUUAUAUACUUGUUCAUCUUUGAUGAUUCAGCCAUGGAAAGCCUACAUAUGACUUAAAGGGCCAUCAUUUACUUACCCUGAAAUUGUUCCAAAAAAAAAAAAAAAAAAAAAAAAAAAAUGAUGGAAGUCAAUGGGUACCAUCAACUGUUUGGCUAACCACAUUCUUAAAAAAUAUCUUCUUUUGUGUUCAGAAGAAAUACAUACAGGUUUAAAACAACUUCAUGGCGAGUUAAUGAUGACAGGAUUUCUAUUUUUGGGUGAAAUAUCCCUUUAAGAGUUAGGGUUACUUUUAUUAGGCCGAUACAGAUUUCGUUUACGGAUGCAUUCGACAUGAAAAAGGGAUUUUCCUUCAUUUACCAGUAUGUAAAAAGUCAAUGACUAUAAAACUUUAGUUUUCCCAAGAAAAAAAAAAAAAACAUUAACAUUCUAGAUGCUGUUAAUAUGGAUAUUGUACAUUUUUGGUGUCUAAACGCACAAAAAAAAAUAUUUGUGAGCAUUUUUUGCUAAUACCUAUGAAAACGAAUGAGAUCACCCACAGUUACACAAAAGGCUUGCUUUCUCACUGUUUGUCAUGAUGAUUUGAGUUCUUACAACAGUUUCAUUAGCACAUUUAUUUGGCAUUCACCAAAGGGACUGUUAGAGAUAUAAAUCUAAAUCUGCUGAUGUUUUUAGCAAGAGCGUAACACAUAUAGAAUAUGAUUAUGUGUAUAAGCCAUAUUUGAGUUCUGGGUUCAUAGGAGCCACUGCAACUCACUGGAAGACAAUGCAAACAACAUCCAAACACAGACCACGUGGAAAUCAUUACAGAACUUUGAGUGACUGUCUUUGGAAGCUACAUUUAAUGAUCAAGCUAAAGUCAAUGGUGUAAUUUAAUUGUGACUUUCAAUUCAUUUAGCAAUUCACUGGUCACUGUGGGUGUUGGUAGAUGCCUUUUCAGAUGCAGACUUUUACUUGGCUCGCCAUACAGUACAGGUUAUCUGGCUAUUUUGCUUAUUUAUUUUAUAGUAUUCAUUCAUUGUUUGUAAUGUGAUCAUUCAUCAUUCAUAUUUUCUAGCAGAGUAAAUAUAUGAAAGAUUAUUUUGA